AUGAAAAUUUUCCCCGAAGUAGUUGCAUUUGAUGCCGCUCACUCGAUUGCUUUUCGCCAUGGUCUUGGUAAUUCUUUGUUUGCAAACGAAUCCACAAAGAUCACAAAUAGCCAAGAUGUCAGCGCAUUUGCAAAUAAAGUCUACAUCGCACCAAACAUUACGGUUGUCGGCACAUCGGUGAAUCACCAAGAAUUACUAAAUCUGACGGAUGAUUUAUUCCAAAACAUUAGUCACGCCUCCCCCUUUACUCCAAUUCCCUCCAAAUAUUACGGCGGAGAAGCGAGAAUUGCUGCCGAAGGCAUCAGUCAUUAUGUCCUUGCUUUUGCCGGUGCGCCCGCGGGUACGCCCGAUUAUGCAACACUUCAAGUUUUACGUUCUCUCAUAGAUGGCGAGAAGCACACAAAGUGGGGUGAAGGUGUUAAUGUUUUAGCCAAGACAGUGAAUAAGUUCGAGGGCACGCGAGGUAGUGCUUUCAAUGUCGGAUAUUCGGAUGCCGGCCUUUUUGGUGUACACACUUCCGGAAUAGCCACGUCCGUAUAUCAGGUUUUGCGGGCUGUGGUGGAGGAGUUGAAGCGCGCCUCUUCAAGCGUGCCCAAGGAGAAUUUUGAUCAAGCCCUAGCUAAGGCCAGGAGUAGUGUUGCCGCCACAUAUGAGACACGCUAUUCUAAAACCGAAACCUUUGGUGGUCAGGUUUUGUCCUCGGGUAAGGUUAUCCCUCCUGCCGAGGCUAUUGCCCAACUUGAUCGUGUUAAAAUCGAGGAUGUACAAAAUGCCGCCAUCAAGGUCCUCCAGAGUAAACCUACAGCGGUUGCGAUCGGCGAUAUCAACUCGUUACCAUAUUCAGAUGCCCUCUCCCUCUAA